AUGGAGGAGGACCCGCUCAUCCCGCUGGUGCACGUCUGGAACAACGCCACCUUCGACCACGCCUCCUCCUCCGCGUGGCACGCCCACUCCCCUGUGCCCGCGAGCGCCCGCCGCGAGGCGGAGGGGGACAAGGAGAACCACCGCCCCGACCCCGAGCCCGACGUCGAGGCGGAGAUCGGCCACAUCGAGGCGGAGAUCCUGCGCCUGUCCUCUCGCCUCCACCACCUCCGCACCUCCAAGCAGACGGAGCCGCCCAAGCGCGCAGAGAGCCUGGGCCCGCUCGACGUCGCCGCUGCCGUCAACCCCAACCCGCUCACCACUGACAAGCAGCAGCAGCAGCCGCGGGCCGCGCAGGGUCUGAAGCCGAUCAAGCAGGCCCCGGCGGCGGCGCGGGGUAGGGGUGUCAGCCUCGGGCCCCUCGACAUCGUCGCCGCAAACCCUAGGGUCCCCUCCGCCGCCGCCACCGCGCCGCAGAGGAAGAUUCAGGGCGAGGGCGGCGCCGCGCGGCCGAUCCUGAGGCCGAUCAAGGAGCCCCCCGUGCAGCGGCGCAGGGGCGUCAGCCUCGGGCCCUUGGAGAUCCACCACGGCGUCGGCAGCAAACCCGGUGCGGCGGUGGCGGCGGCGCGGGUCAAGGCCUUCUCCAACAAGCUCGGUGCCGUUCGAGAGGAAGGCCAGCGUUCCAAGCAGCACGCCGUCCCCGCUAGACCGUGGCCAUCCAGCAAUGCCAGGCAAGGCACCGUAGCAAGCAAAGCCAAGGCGAGGAGCGGGAGCAUGAGCCCCAGCAGGUCCAGGAGGCAGUCCACUUCCAAGGCUACUACCGAGACAAGAGCAGGCAGCGCCAAGGCUGCAGAGGCGGCGAGGGGAGGGAACACGGCACUCGUGGUUAACAAAGUGCCUGAUGAACUCAAGCCCAAAGGCCUGGUGGUGGGCAAUCACACCAGCAAUGCAGCCACUGCGAAGAGGCCGGCGGGGAGCUCCAAGGUCAGGGUCGUCCCGAGCCGCUACAGCAUCACCCCUGGUUCGUCCCUGGCAGCUGUGUCACAAGACAAACGGUCCAAGCAGUCUCUCCCAGGACCAGCUAGUGCUGCAAGCCAGAGGGAGGAGAUCAGAGCAAAGCUCACUGAGCCGUCGAAUGACGAGCUGUCUCCUGAAACAGUUGCCAAGGUUGCAGAGCUACUCCCAAGGAUCAAGACCAUGCCGCCUUCUGAUGAGAGCCCGCGUGACUCAGGGUGUGCCAAACGUGUUGCAGAUUUGGUUGGGAAGCGAUCCUUCUUCACCGCCGCAGCAGAGGAUGGCAAUCUCGUCACGCCCUACCAGGCACGGGUGGUUGAACUUGAAUCACCUGAGGCGGCAGCAGCAGCAGCAGAAGCAUGA